GUGGUAUCGCCUCAGUGUUUGCACGGCUGUGUGUGCGUGUGUGUGUGUAAGGAAGCGGCCAUCAUGUCGUUCAUGUUACGGUAUAUCGGACAGAUCUCUGCUGCAGUGUCGUGUGCCGCGGCCGGGUUCUCCUACUAUCAGUUCCAUGUGUCACAGGAACAGUGGCACUCUGAGCAGCAGAAGCAGGCGUCCCUACAGCUGGUCAGCCUGGUUGACGACUAUUUCGACUCCCGUCUGGACGCGGCGAUCCACUAUCUGUACGGACUGUCCGAGCAGGAGGGUGACGUCACCGACUUCGCCGCCGACUGGGCCAAGAAGAAGUACUUUACACAGCAGCUUGCCGGCGCGCUCUGGCUGUGGCCGUGGCAGCGGCAGAUGAAGAACGACGUGGAAGAGGUCGACAACUACGUGACGGUGACGAAGAAUUUCUUCACGAAGUUCCGGAUCCUGUACAACAGCGGCGGCGUGUCGCACCAGGAGAUCACUCGCCUCGGCUUCCCGGGCGUCAGGCGCAUGCGCAUGUACAUUGACGUCAUCGAACCCCUCCAGCAUGCGCAGUGCACGGUCUUCUCCAAGGACUGCGACUACCUGAGAAAGUACAACAAAUCGCUAGAGAAGUUUCUUAAAGACGAGUUCUUGAACAAAGUAGACGGGAAAGACGAUGCUGAGGAGGAGAUUAGGGUGAUGGAAGGCAUCCGGGCAAGACAGGAGAAAUUUGUCAGUGCACGGAAGGAAAUCAGGGAUUAAAAUGAUU